UUAAAGUAUUAUAUUGAUUACUCUUUGACGUUUAAAUAUUAUUCUUAUUAAUGUUUAAAUAACUUAAUAUAAAUUUUCUAAGUACAGUACUUUACCCAAUCACUUUUCUUUUUGUUUACAAUGACAGAUCUAGAAAGCAAAUUGCUUGGUGAAAAAUUACAUAACUACUGUAGUAGCAGUGAUGAAGAUGAACCAAUGCUUGACCGAGAUCCUCCUAAACAGUCUACUUCAGACUGGGAUGGAAUAUCAUCAAACACUGGACCGAAAGGUGUUCUAAACGACUGGGAACAAUACAAACGCCAACAAACAGCACAGAGAGUGCAACAUGAAAAGGAUGUGAUAAAGCAAAUUAACAGUACGGCUUUAACGUGUAAUUCAGAACUCGAUGAAUUGGAUGCUCAAUUCCUUGCUGAUUAUCGCAAGAAACGUAUGCAGGAAAUGAUGGCUAAAACUGAAGAAGCACCAGUGUUCGGUAAACUCUAUGAUUUGUUAACUGGAGAUGAUUUCUUAAAUGCUAUUGAAAAUGAAAAUCUUAAUGUUACUGUUAUUGUACAUGUAUAUGAACACAAUGUACCUACAUGUUCAAUUAUGAAUUCAUGUUUAAAAGUUCUGAGCAAUGAAUUUCAGAAAACAAAAUUUUGUAAACUAAUUGGAUCAAAUGCGGGAAUGAGUUUAAACUUCAAAAAGUGUGGUGUUCCAGCUUUACUUGCAUACAGAGCAGGACAACUUAUUGGCAAUUUUGUACGUAUAACUGAUGAAUUGGGUGAUGAUUUUUAUGCCAAUGACGUAGAAAACUUCUUAAUCGAACAUGGUGUUCUGUCAGAUAAAUCAUGUAUACCAUCAAUUAUAACCAAUGACAAUGAUGGUGAAAAUUAAAUUUAUUUCAUGUAUACAAAAAUAUGAUUUACAAUUUAUUCUAAGAUUUUCUUAUGUGUGUAUACUG